CUGAUCGCCAAGUGUUGUCGAUUUUCGGCUCCAAACACAACCACAACUAUGGAAAGGUGAACCGCACAGAAUGACAAUAUAUUGUAAGAACAGUAUAUGGAAUGGGGGACGAUGCAAUGAGUCGCGAUUCGUCAAGAAGGCAAAGUGGUGGUUUAAUUAGUCGUGUUUUUAACCAACGAUCUAGUGAUAAGGACCGUGAUAGAAAGAUGCCACUGAAAGAAGGUAGACCAAUACGAGAACGUCGUCGUUUGUUGAAAUCUUACGAAGUGAUUGGUCCAGAUUAUAAAGUAGACGCACAAGUUUUAAUUGAUAGUUACAUUGAGAAGGAAGUCAAGUAUCUUGGCCAGGUGCCAAAUAUACCUGGAGGGUUGGAUCCAACGAAAAGAACAGAAAUAUUACGAGUACUUGAUGCUGGCAAGAGACAUGGUGAUCUACCGUGGACAGUACACGACCCUUCCUAUGAUGCCAUAUUAUCCAUUUCAGCAUAUUAUGUUAAAAUAUUAAAGCGAGAUGGAGAGGAUUUGAUACUUCGUGUGCCAAUUCACGAGAUUGCUUCUCUCAGUUAUGUGCAGGAUGACCUGCAACAUCUAAUUAGUUGCAAAAUUGCAUCUGAUGACAGAAUUGAUAAUUUUAAACUAGUGGUACUACUGUGUUCAAGUAAAGCUGCUGCAGAGGAAAUAUGUUCACUAUUAAGGCAGACAUUUGAGCUGGUGUAUACAGAACUCACUAUGAGUUUUUUUGACAUGAGUAUUCAGAGAGGGGCUGGACCACAUUACUCAUUACGCAGCUAUGUCAGCGCUACAAGCCGACCUCCAUUGGAAGAAUUUUUAUCAAGGUCACAAAAUGCAGCGCCCUCUACUUCCCAGCAUGAACGGAAAGCUAGUGAAGGUGACUUGAGUAUAUCAGCCAAACAAAUGUUACAAGACUACAUUGAACUGUUAAAAACCAAACUCACACCUGAGGAACUACAACGAUUUGCCGCCAUUCUCCGUGAAUACCGCGAGGGAAUAUCUGUUCAUGAGUUUUGUUCCAGACUUCAAAAACUAUAUGGACUUGAAAGGAAAUUUCUUUUCCCAGGUUUGCUACCCUUCAUUCCGGAAAAAGAUGGAGAUUACUUUGAUAGUUUUCUUGAAAAGCUGGGUAUUCCAGAUAGCAAUGGACAUAAUACGGAACGGCCGUACAGACGCACUGUCAGUGAGGCGUCUUCUUCAACUAUCGGAGCAGCAGAAAAUGGAGUGUAUAGCCAUUCUAUUCCCUCAGAAAUGGACGAGUUUGAUAGAAUGUUAAAUGAAAUUUGUAGCGAUGUUGAUAACUUAGACAGUAGUAUUGACACAAACUAACUCAAGGAUAAUAUGAUUGUGGAUAAUACAACGUUGUGUGAUACAGAAGCAGAAUAAGUAGAAUCCUAUGAAAUUGUUACUAUGGAAACAGACUAUAUGUAUUUUCCAGCAGGGAUUAAUAUGUGACAAGUUGCAGACUGAAAGAUAUAGGAUAUAGAUACUGAUUUCUUCAGUUAAACACAAUGUGACUCCAGGAUGCAGUUUGUUUUCAGAGAAGCACCAUUAUUUAAAAUGCACAAAGAGAAGGGUGCUCUGUUAGGUAUUCAUCUUAUUUUAGUCAUGUGACAAUGUCUGAUUGAACUAAAAGGUCAUCUUGUUGUAUGUACCGUUCAGAUGAAUAUUACCACAACAAACUUGUAGGUUUGUCACUUAAUACAUGACAUUAUGCAAAGUUGACGCAUGGUUCUGAAUACAAAUGUCCAUUGUAUUGAUCUUGUAAUGACCUUUGUUUUGAAAUGACAGUUGGUCUAAGUGGUGUUGGUCAUUCUGCCAGACUUGUGUUGGAGGCAUGUAGCUCAAUUUUUAUUGACAGAAUUCUUGUGAGGCAUCACUAGUUUAACUGUACACUAGUGAUGAUGACAACACCCUCUUUCACCUAAGGUGUGAAUUAAUUGCAUUUCGUUAUUAUAAUUACUGAGCUGGUGUUUUUUUCUGCUUGUACGAGCAUUCAGCGAAUGAUCCCCUGUACUAGAAAACAAACUCGCAUACUUGUGCAGUGUGGUAUUGUUAUCUACAUAUAUAUACAUACAUUUGUGUAUAAAUUAUUUUUCUCCAAGAAAAGCAUUGCAUUCAAUGUCUACCUAAUAUGUGUUAAUUUUUUUGUUCUUUCAAUUCAUGAAAUACUGUAUUUUUAGAAAGAGCAGUCUUUGUUCUGACAUUAUUGAAUGUUGAAUCAGCCAAUUUAUAUUGGUCACAUAUCUCAGCAUUUGUUCACUUUAUAAUCUAAAAUAUUUAAGCAGUUCAGAAUUGUGUGAUGCAUACAUGUUCUGUAUUAUUAUAGCUAGUUUUUCUACAUGUAUGUGUGCCAGUCAAAUGGUGCAGUCAUAAGCAUAUUAUUUAUAUAUGCUUUAUUUUCAAUGUGGGGACUCAGCAUUUAACCAGGAUAUUGCAAAGACAUUUUCCUUUCAUCCACUAAUGCAUGGAUGUAAUGAUAAUAUUUAUUACUGUUCCUGGCUUUUAACCAUUCUUGUUAUAUUGAUUUGAGCAUGGUUGAUGUAGUUGCCUAUGGAUACCACUUUGUCAUUAAAGGCCAAU